GUAAGCGUUCCUCUGAGAUCUGUGAGCCGCUCCAGCAAGUUCACAGCAUCGAAGGAGGAAGCCUUGGAAGCACCCACCUGCAGCCAGGUGGUCAGGGCACAGGCCAUGGGGGAUCAGGACUUACCUGGCAUUUUGGUGUCUGGAUUGGAAGGACCUCAUGGUAUAUGUGAAGAUCACAUUGGAGAUCUGCAGAAACACUUUAAUGUCAUUACGAUGCAAGAAUUUUUGGAAAGUAACACACAAUUGGGUCCAAAGAUCCAAGCUGUAUAUAUCUGGGGCGGGAAGCCACCUGUUACCCACGAGCUCCUACAGAGUCUGCCCUCCUUGAAGAUCAUUGCCAGUGCAGGGGCAGGUCUAGAUCACCUGGACCUGAAGCUCGUUGCCAGCUUUGGUGUGAAGGUGGCCAACACACCGCAGGCCGUUUCCAGCCCCACAGCAGACAUGGCAAUGGCCUUACUGCUGGCCGCAGCUCGCAGAGUCGUGGAAGGUCAUAGGUUGGCUAUUGCACCAGAUACAGAGAACUUUUCUAUGAACUGGAUGGGUCAAGAAGUGACAGGGGCCACUCUGGGAAUUAUCGGCAUGGGCAGCAUUGGCUAUAAGAUUGCUCAGAGGGCCAAAGCAUUCGAAAUGAAGAUUCUCUAUCACAAUAGGAAACGCAGGAAGUUAGAGGAGGAGGAGGCUGUUGGGGCCACUUUCUGUGAGAGUCUGGAUGACCUGCUUCAGCGAUCGGACUUUGUGCUGUUGGCCGUGAGCCUGACGCCCCAGACCCAGAGGCUGAUUGGGAAGAGGGAGCUGAGUCUGAUGAAGUCCACUGCCGUUCUCAUCAACAUCGGCCGAGGUCUGUUAGUCGAUCAGGAUGCCUUGGUGCAAGCUCUUCAGACUGGGGUUAUUAAAGGAGCAGCACUGGACGUGACACACCCGGAGCCCCUACCCAGAGAUCACCCUUUACUGACGUUGAAGAACAUCACUCUGACACCUCACGUUGGAAGCGCUACUCAUCAAGCCAGGCGACAGAUGAUGGAAAAUUUGGUCGAAAGCAUCCUGGCCUCUCUCCAGGGCCUUCCCAUUCCUAAUGAAGUGCGACUUAAACGGGAUAAUUCAGUGGGGUGACAUGAGGCAGAUUAAAUGGGG